UAUGAAUGCCGGACGGAAGAUGAUUGGAAAAAGUUAUAAAAUGUUUAAGAGUAAUUUUACAGAGAUUUAUUUCUACGGAGGUUGUACGAGUUUUACUCAAAUUAACGAUACAACAUCUAAAUGUUUUAUGGAAUACGAUUAUAAUCGAUCUACGGAGAGCUAUAGUAAAGCUUUUGUACUUUUACUUUUCUUGGACUGUUCGGACGAUAUGAACGAUAUCGGUUUUCUUGUUAGAUUGAUAAAUCAUAAAGGCUUUAUAUUAGAUAAGAAUCAUUCGUACUCCGAAUACAAAGGUUCCUUUCAAAGGUUCGAAGGCGACAUCGGUUGGGUUUAUUACUUUCCCGUAUCAUCUAGAGACGUAAAGGCUGUUUGUCUAUAUUAUGGAUUUGAAGACGGUACAGUCGUACAGAAUGGCGAUGAAAACGUCUAUUCAGAGUAUCUCUUUAGCGAUUCGUUCUUUGAUUAUGAUAAAAAUGGGUCAUUAGUUUGCAGAGCGAAUGAUGGAGAAAACUUGAAAAAUUGUACAUUUAGUAGAGUCUCAACAGACCCAUUAGAGCCUGAUCAAUUAAAAAAGGUACCCAGACUACAUGUUAAAUGCUACCAGGCAAAGGAUUAUGGUUAA